CCCCCUCCCCCUCUCCCAUUCCCCCCUCCCCCGCCGUCUCGUCUCGCCCCAAGCUCGUCCCUCCCGAGGUUAGUCUUAUUCCAUGGCGGCCCUCAUCAAGCUCGGAAGCCUUCUUAGGCAGAGUGCUUUCGCGAGCAGCGCAUCGACAGGCUCGGCUCCUGCCCUGUUCAACGCUGCCCGUUUCAUGUGCGCCGGCCAGUCUGGUCCUAGCUCCAAGCUUUUCGUCGGUGGUCUCGCCUGGGGUACUGAUGAUCACUCGCUCAAGGAGGCGUUUCAAAGCUUCGGAGAGGUCACCGAAGCACGUGUCAUCACUGACAGAGAGACUGGAAGGUCUAGAGGGUUUGGUUUUGUGAGCUUUGCGAGUGAAGAGGAUGCAGGAAAUGCCGCCAAAGGCAUGGACGGUCAGGAGCUUGGGGGAAGGAACGUCCGUGUGAACUUUGCCAAUGAGAGACCUUCUGGUGGCGGUGGCUUCCGUGCUGGUGGUGGCGGUGGCUAUGGAGGUGGUGGCGGCGGCUAUGGCGGUGGUGGCGGCUAUGGUGGUGGUGGAGGACGUGAUUAUGGUGGUGGUGGAGGACGUGAUUCCUUCUAAGAACGGCACCGACUAUCAGAAUUUGAAAUAACGAGCUUUUAGGACAGUGUCUUGAUUAUGUGGAACCUACGUUAUGUCUGUCUUAUCAUCUGUGAUCGUUGAACUCAAUAGGGGCAGAGAUCUGGUUCUAUGGUAUUUUUGUUUUUGGUUUGUUUCUUGUCUUGGAUGAUACAACAGUAAAAUCGUGCUUGCUGCUUCGAGACUCGGAUGAUUCUCUAGGAAGUUCAUGCAUUUUGCCGUAUGUUGCAUUGUGUACUUGUAGUAAUGGUUGCAGAUUAACGUGUGAUCAUAAAUUCUUAGUAUUA